UUGCCGCUGCUCGCGGAUAUCACACUUUUCUGUGUCUCCUUCCUGUCGUUCACACCACCCAGUAGCGCGCGUGCACGGGCGCACCCACCCGGAGCCCAGCUGCUGCGAGCACCCGGUUUCAGUCAGCAGCACCGCGCGCCUUCCUCAGGGCUGGCCCUCGGUGUGCGCGUGAGGCGCGUACGGAAGGGCACGCGCACUCGUCUCUUCCUUCACUUCGGCGGCUUGGCAGCGCGCGACUCUUCUCCGUGGUCACCGGACACCGGCAGGAUCCCCCCGUCUCCAGCUACCGCAGCAACUCCAGAUACGACCUUAAAUCAAGAAGGCCGAACACCCAGGUGUUGUGGCUGAAAAGCCGCUGUCACUCAGCUCCUCCCUCUCUCUUUCGGUGGCGAUGGUGAUUGACAGAUGAUCUGACAGAGGAAGAUAUCGGACGUGGUCUUUGUGCAGGUUAUUAUGGGGUGUACCUGUUGCAAGCAGAAGUCUGCCAAGUCGAUAGCAGCACCAUCAGCAACGAUAGAUGUUAACGACCUGACCAACGCAGAUGGAGGGUCCUUGGGGGCCUCGGCUCAGGGCCGCUACUGUCCCGACCCCACUCAGGCCAUCCCAGACUUCAACAAGCCCAGCUUCAACACCUCCUUCACCAACACCAACACACACAGUCGAUCAGUUGCGGUCACCCUCUUCAUAGCUUUGUACGAUUACGACGCUCGUACCGAAGAUGAUCUCACCUUCCAGAAAGGAGAGAAAUUCCAAAUCAUCAACAACACCGAAGGCGACUGGUGGGAAGCUCGCUCUUUGGACACCGGCCACACGGGUUACAUCCCCUCCAACUACGUAGCUCCUGUUGACUCUAUACAGGCCGAGGAGUGGUAUUUUGGGAAGAUGGGGAGGAAGGAUGCAGAGAGACAGCUGUUGGCUCCGGGGAACCCGAGAGGAACUUUCCUCAUACGAGAGAGCGAGACCACCAAGGGCGCCUACUCUCUCUCCAUCCGCGACUGGGACGACAACAAGGGAGAUCACGUCAAGCAUUAUAAGAUCCGUAAACUGGACAACGGUGGUUAUUACAUCACCACCAGGUCCCAGUUCGACACUGUUCAGCAGCUGGUGGAUCACUACACAGAGAGAGCAGCCGGACUUUGCUGCAGUUUGAUUGGCAGCUGUAAGCGAGGUAUGCCUAAGCUGGCCGACUUAUCGGUGAAGACCAAGGAUAUGUGGGAGAUUCCCCGCGAGUCUCUCCAGCUGAUUAAGAAACUGGGAAACGGCCAGUUUGGAGAAGUCUGGAUGGGAUCUAACGAUGGGUUGUGCUAUUACCUGACCAAGCCCUGCCCCAACUCCACCCCCCUCACGCUGGGUCUGGGGCGGGACGCCUGGGAGGUGUCGAGGGAAACGCUGUCCAUGCAAAGGAAGCUGGGACAGGGCUGCUUCGGGGACGUGUGGAUGGGCAUGUGGAACGGCACCACCAAGGUGGCGGUGAAGACUCUGAAGCCAGGAACCAUGUCCCCCGAGGCCUUCCUGGAGGAGGCUCAGAUCAUGAAGAGACUCCGGCACGACAAGCUGGUGCAGCUCUACGCCGUCGUGUCUGAGGAGCCCAUCUACAUCAUCACCGAGUUCAUGAGCCAAGGAAGCUUGCUGGACUUCUUGAAGGAUGGAGAGGGACAUAACCUGAAGCUUCCCCAGCUGGUGGACAUGGCAGCCCAGAUCGCGGCGGGGAUGGCGUACAUCGAGCGCAUGAACUACAUCCACCGUGACCUGCGAGCGGCCAACAUCCUCGUCGGGGACAACCUGGUGUGCAAGAUCGCCGACUUUGGCCUGGCUCGGCUCAUCGAGGACAACGAGUACACGGCCAGACAAGGAGCAAAGUUCCCCAUCAAGUGGACGGCCCCAGAAGCUGCUCUUUACGGACGCUUCACCAUCAAGUCAGACGUGUGGAGCUUUGGGAUCCUGCUGACCGAACUCAUCACUAAGGGACGCGUGCCCUACCCAGGCAUGAACAACCGUGAAGUGCUGGAGCAGGUGGAGCGGGGCUACCGGAUGCCCUGCGCCUCCGGCUGCCCGGCCUCGCUCCACGAGCUGAUGGUGCAGUGCUGGAGGCGGGAACCCGAUGAGAGACACACCUUUGAGUACCUGCAGUCCUUCCUGGAGGAUUACUUCACGGCCACAGAGCCGCAGUACCAGCCCGGAGAAAACCUGUGACCGCGUCUGGACGGACGCGUGUAGCAGGCGUGUCCAGGUGUAUUUAAUCCCAUACUGGCUACAUAUGAAGAUGCAUAUCAAUGAAUUCCCUUUCCUGCCAGCCGAUGCAGCUCAGAACAAAUCAGUUACCCGUGUUGAGGAGGAGCUGGAGCGUUGCUGGUCAGGCCUCGCAGAGAUGUUGCUUUACUCUGUAACCAUGACAACAGGAAAAUGUAGAUGGUUGUGUUGGGGUGGGGGAAGUCCGGUGGGUACAUGAUCUGUUCAGCUGCCAUAUUUCGUUCAGACCCUCUUUGAUUUCUCGUUCUGCGAGGAGAACGUUUGUUUUUCAGCAGCUCGACUGUUGGAUCAACAGGUUUCGCACCUUCCCAUCGCCGUCGGCGAGCGUCGCGGGUCCCCCCACGCUCACACGUGUUUGGGAAAAUUCACUCUUUCGCAGUAACCGAACAUAUUUCUGUUUUCAUCUCAAAGAUUGGACGUAAAGAAGGGCCGGCGCAGCGUCUGCCUGUCUGUUCUGUGGAAACAACACGUGCCUUAGAAAAAAAAGUCCAUGCAAGUCGUGAAGAUGUGCUCCGUCGGGUGUUUUAUGUAUUCGUUGUCUCUCUCGUUGUUGUAAUUUAACUCCGAUAUUCCUGUUCAUCAAUAAAUCUUAUAUCUGGUAAACA